CGAUGUACGAUAAGGUAUGCUUGAUGAUAUGGCCCCAAAAUCAUCGGGCGGCGUUCGGUCUUGCGGCUUUUCGGGGGCUUGAUCUGACCAACAUGUCUAGCUGCGUUAUCUUGCGACAGGCUUCCAGUCUCGAAGUUCGUAGUUGAGAAUGGGGUGAAAAGCGUCUCUCCAUGUAAGUCGGCAGGACGAGACUCCACAUUGACCAAGUUUGCGGGUGGUGAAUCUAUUACAAUAUCGUAUCCCAAUGGAUCGACCAAGAAGCAGCUCGCGCGUUGCCCACUCCGCGAAGCGCAUGUUCCCAUGCACCUUUGAUGGCUGUGAUCGAAGUUUCACCAGAUCAGAGCACCUGCAUCGACAUUCGUUAAAUCACACCGACGGUCAGGCAACCUGCCCACGAUGCCGCGCUCACUUCAAGCGCAAGGACCUGCUGGACCGACAUCUGAACCGGCACCGGCAGAAAGACGACGAGGCUGGGGGCGAGGGACACGGCCAGUUAAACACUCGCAAGCGAAUGUGGAAAGACCUCGACGGUCGCAUUGUCCAGAAGAGGCCAAAGGAGACGAGCUCUGAACACAUCAGCACCUUUGGGACAUACGCACAGCAGCCUGAAAACCCAAUAUCACCGCCAGGUUCAUCAGAAAACCCCGACUUAACCAGUGACCAUGGGGCGGUACACGAAGCUCUAUUUACAGAUAAUUCCCUUGUACCUGAGUUUCAUAUACCAUCUGGGCCAUACAGCAACCAUGGUUGUGAUGCGUUCUGGAUGUCGUCGCAGCAGCCCGGUGCUCCAAUUGGCUGUCAGCUUGACAUAAAUUACGACGAUGUCUUCCAGCCAGACACUGCGAGUUCUUUCAACAUGCCAUACACAACUCAAGUCAACUACGAUUGGCUAUUCAAAUCGAAUAGCGGCUAUGAUGAGCCGGAUCCCAUUACAUGCUCGACCCCCAUGUUACAACAGCCCAAUAUGCAAGACCAAAUUUUCAAUGUACCAGAACAGCAUCCCACUGCGAAGUCCACACAGACGACUGUCACGUCAUAUCCUCCCUAUCGAGAUCACAAUGUCGUAUGUAGGCCAAGCCCUGAGUCUCUUUCUUCGUCGCAGCUGCGAUUCACGCGCGAAAACACGGAGCAGAUGGGUUCAAAUCGUUCGGAAAGCUCUUUACCGGCAACACAGUCGUCUUCAAAUGAGAAAUUCAGUCCCGAUAAAGUACAAUUCGAGCGACCAUUAUCAUUUCUCAGAAAGCCAGAAGGUCUGCCCUCUAUUGAUGAGGAUACAUACACGCAAUUACUCCAGAUAAUUGAGGCGGCAAGGCCACCAGGACCGGAUGGCGAUUUUCUAGAUGUCAGACAGGCGCUGCUAUCCCUUACGUCAUUGCAGACGUACAGUGAUUUGUUCUUCACCAAGUUCAAUACCGUGUACCCUCUCAUCCACCAAGCGACAUUUGACAAAGGUCAAUUCGAACCACUUCUCCUGUUGUCGAUCAUCCUACUUGGCGCCACCUAUUGCAACAAAGACACCCUUAAGUUAGCCGUGUGUAUUCAUGAUGUGAUCCGGCCACAGAUAUUUGCGCACGCGGGGUUUAGUCCCAAGCCAGAGCUCUGGAUGCUGCAGACAAUUCUGUUGGUUGAGUGUUUUGGUAAAUCAAGAGCCGGUCAAAAGCAACAUGACAUGAGCCACUUGUUCCAUGGCAUGCUCAUCAAUCUUAUCCGCCGAUCUGAUUGCCAAUCUGUGAGGCCAUCUAGGUUCAGUGACCCAGACUGGAGACCUAGUAGUCAGGAGACUAGCUGGAGGCAAUGGGCUGAAGCCGAAGAGAAGAAGAGGUUAGCGCUACUGUGUUUCAUGUGGGACACUCAACAUGCCGUGCUCUUUUGCCAGAGUCUGUGCAUGUCAGCAUUCGAACUGCGUGUUGCUCUGCCCUGUGAUCAAACCCUGUGGGAGGCAUCGUCUGCGGCCGAAUGGUCCCAUCAUACACGUUUAUGUCCACCGGAACCUAUGUAUCUCCUAGCUCUAAAGUCAUACCUGACUUCAGAUGCGCAGCGGCCUCUGAAGCUGAACGGACUUUCCCGUAUCAUCCUGUUCCACGGUUUGAUGUCCAUAUUUUGGGACAUGAAACGCCGGGAUCAGACAAGUCUAGGCGUUAUCUCUUCGCAGUCCAGCAGUUGGCAGAGUCGCCUGGAAAAAGCCUAUCAAAAUUGGAAAGUCGAAUUUGACAGCUAUUGUAGUGAGCUGUCUGCUGCCACAGAAGUCAAGAUCAGGAAAGGUAGUGUCGAUGGAAUUGCCAAGGUCGAGAUUGAAGCGUGGCAAGCCGCUUAUGUUACCGUCUACCAUGCAGCUCAAGUUUUGCUGCGGUCCGAAUUUCUCGACAUACAGAUAUUCGCAGGCGCCAGGCAUAUCCUAGGAAAUCAAGUACAGAGAGUCGACUAUAAUCGCUCGGAAAGAGUUGUCAGGCGCUGGGGUAGCUCCAGCGAGCGCCAAACAAGGGAGACCGAGGGUUCAGAUGCUGCGACAGCUGCUUGGCAUGCUGCACAUCUCCUGCAGGCCGCUUCCCAGAACUUUAUUGAUUAUGAUUCGAUGGGCCUGUUCCAUGUACCUUGGUGCUUAUAUCUCGCGACCCUUACAAUAUGGGCUUUCCAUUACGUGGGGUUGCGGGCGUCUGGUUUUGGCCCCGAUCAUGGCGAGAUAGUCUGGGAUGCUCAGGCCGAAAUGAAUACCCUCGUCAAGACAAUGACGGAUAUGACACCUAGACAAUUGCUAGCGACGCAGGGAUCGAAGCAGACAGGAGGUCUUGUGUGUGUCGUGGCUGGCGCAUUGAGCAAGGUAAGAUGGGGCAUUGUACAUGCUGGGGUGGCCGUACUCAAAGGUCUAGUCCCUGGCAGGCUUAUUGGAGGAUUCUAAGGCCUAUAUUGAAUGCCAAGAUCUCUACAAGGCAUUUUGUCCACCUUUCAACGCUCCUCCUUGUGGAGAUACCCUCGACCGCAUUAACAUCAACACCAGUGCGAAAGUCUUCUUCGAGAUUGCGGUGACCAAAUAACUAUAUGGCACAGAAUGAUUGCAUGCAAGCU